CCCCCUGCUAGCUUGCGGGGAGGUGAGCUUAAGCGCGGUGACCAGACUAAAUGGAGUUUUCUCCUGCGCUAGCGCCCUUUUUUCUCAAACUUUAAACAAAACAAAAGUUUGAGAAAUAUGUUAGUUUCGAGACUUUUCCUCUUUUAAAUAGAGACUUUUGAUCGAGUUCUUGCGGAGAGUCGCUGAUCGCUGCGAUCGCCUCCUGUGACUCUUCUCCCACCCUUGCUUUGAGGUUCGCGCUUUCCCCCACGAAUUCCGAGCAAUUCUCUUGAAUUUGGGAUGUAUUCUGGGCAAUUCAUCUCUCUUAUGGACUCUAGCACUGUGCUCGUGUUCUUCAGAGAUCUCUCCUUGAUGUCCUCUCACUCUUUGCGUUUAUGAGUCCAUUGCGAUUGGUGUAAGUGCAGAGUUCUAUGAAGAAAACAUCAACAUGGCUUAAUCCGGAAGAUUCCAGGGAUGGAUAAGUGUACCUUGGAGCCUUUACAAACUGUAGCACAGCUGAAAAAAAUCCAGAAAAAUGGCAAACCAAGGCUGCCUUUGGCUCCUUCGGAGAAGCAUAAUUCUGGGCUUGUUUCCCGAAAACAUCUGACUAGAGAAGUUGCUUCAAGAUAUAAGUCUGGUAUCACAACAAGAGCUAAUCCUAACACAAAUCCUAGAAGAUACCCAUCUCCAGAUGCUAGUCAUCAUUUCCCUACUACUGGAGCUUCACUUCCUGAGAGAGCUCAAUCUGCUGAGAGAAGGCCCUCUACCUCUUCUUCAAGAUCCUCUAGUCCUAACCGAUCUUCAAAGCCUUCCAUGUGCUUGUCUUCAUCAUCAAAGUCAACAACGCCAGUUAAUGAUUUCGCCAUGGAGAUGCACAAUACCUCAUCACGGUCCCUAGCUACACGUACUCUUGAUGGGUUGUGGCCUUCUAUUAGAAGUCUUUCAUCUUCUUUCCAAGCAGAAUCUUUUGCUGGUAAGAAGGAUAGGAUGGUUACCAAUGCUUCUUCAGAUCAAGCAUUGAAGUCUUCUACCAAUAUGGUGACUGCGAGGAAAAAGACCCCUUUGGGAGGGAGGAACUCAUUGGAUCUUUUUGAGAAUUCCAAACCUGUGGAGAAUUCAACUACGAGACCCGUAGAUAAAAAGAUGUUGCCUGGAGUGAUGGAUGGGAAAGUGACCUCUACUAACUUGGCAAGAAGCGGAGGUAUUUUUGAUAAGGUUUCACAAUCUGCCUCUUCGUUGAUUUCAUCGAGGGGAGUUUCACCAAGGAGAAUGCCCAUAUCCAGAGCCAUUCAACAGCCAAGAAAUGAGAUGGCCAGAAAAGUGUCCCUUAAUGCGAGUGGAAGAGGAAAACACGAUUCAAUUUCCAGUCUAAGUGCUCCUUCACACCCAGUUAGGACUCAAUCAUCUCCCAUCCCCAGAUUGCAUCGUCUUCCAUCUCCUAGUAGGACUUUAUCUGCACCAUCCCUAAUCUCAAAGACAAUGCAGAGUCCACUCAGAGCAUCAUCAACUCCUUUCUCUUUAUCAAGAUGUAAAACAAGUCAAGUAUCUGCAACUCCAUCUGUUCUGAGCUAUAUUGUUGAUGUUCAUAAAGGGAAGAAGAGUGAGAACCAUGUAGAUAAUGUUCAUCAGCUACAGCUGCUAUACAAUAGGGAUUUGCAGUGGCGCUUCGUAAAUGCACUAGCACUGGAUGCAUUGUUCAUUCAAAAAAUAAGAACAGAGAAUACACUAUACAAUGUCUGGGACACUACUGCAGUUUUGUGGGAAUCUGUCACCCUUAAAAGAAUCUGUAUUCAACAACUGAAGCAAGAGAUGAAGCUGAACUUAAUUCUGAGAGAACAGACAUCAUAUCUUGACGAAUGGGCUGUAUUGGAUAUGGAUUACAAUAAUUCAUUAUCGGGGGCAAUUGGAGCUUUGAAGGCAAGCACACUCCGACUUCCAGUUUCAGGGGGUGCAAGGGGUGAUGCACAUGCUGUGAAGCAUGCUAUUAGUUCGGCAGUUGAUGUAAUGCAAGUAAUGGGAUCUUCCAUCUGCAACUUGCUAUCAAAGGUAGAAAGUACGGGAGUGCUUGUGUCUGAACUUGCGGCUGUUGCAGCAAAAGAGAGAGCCAUGCUUGACGAAUGCAGAGAACUACUAGCUUCAACAACGGGAAUGCAGGUUCAAGAAUACAGCCUCAGAACACAACUCAUACAACUGAAACAGAGAGAUCGUAAGGUUCUAUAGCGACCGUGGACUCAUACAGUUGAAGCCAAGAAGUUUACAAGGGGGCCGUGACAUUUUCUCGACCCGCGCCCUCUCUCAUUGCUAACAACUUACAUCUUUUAAAGUAAAUACAUGUUUGUGCAGUGAGUGUAAAUUCGUUUUACCAUGGUGGGAGAUUAUUCUUCCAGAUCCUAAUGUAAUUUUUGUACUACUCACAAACAAAAAGAAGAGAAAAGAAAAUAGGAAGGAAGUAAAGGGGAUAGAAGCAUUGUGCACUUGGUGUUACUAACUACUCAUCAUCAGUAACAGCUUCAGUUUGGCAGGAAAGCCAUGAUCACUGAGUAUAAGUAAAAUUGAAGCUUUAAGGGAUAUACCUUCAUGACCACAAUGUUCUCGUUUUGCUUUGUAAUUUGCUAUGAUAUUUUGCUUCUGACUUUGAAGAAUUUGGCUGGGCAUGAUGAUGUCCUCCCCAAAUACCAUUGAUUCAAUUACCUGUACAAAUGAACUUUUCCUUUU